GGCUAUUAGUCUUUCGCUUGCUACUCUCGAGUAGAUCCCAGUGUCCCAAUUUGAAAACUACAAGAUACUAUGUUUUCCAUUCUUGCAAUUUUCGAGGAAAACACUUAUGAGCAUACUUAUUCUUCUAUGAUGAUUUAAGUGUACCCAAAUUGUGGUUCUCCCGUGAAUUUUUUCGUUUAUAAUGGAAUUCAACAAGAAUUCAUCUCAACAGCUGACACAAAAUAACAACGAUCCACGAUCAAAGUAUUUAAGCUCAUAAAGUUUUAAAGUUGAUUAACUGUUAAAGAAUCAAAUUUUAAUGACAAAUACGUAAUUUCAACUAAUUAAUUAUUCCCAAAAAAAAGAAGGAAUGAAUCAGACUUUUUCCAAACAGAAAAUAAGGAUUUCUAGUUGAAAAGGCCAAGCAAAGAAAGGGAGAUUGCAAGAAAAGAGUAGAUAAAGGAAAAGGAAAGAUGGAACAGAAAGAUAAGACUCAUAAGUCAUAAGAGGAAAGGGUUAGGGGAGUAAAUGCACAUGGAAACUGACCUUAAACAACCAACAAUUGUUGUUUACUGAUAAAUACAAUGCCAUAACAGCAUCUUCCUCCCACCUAGCAAUGAAUGUUGCACAACAAGAGAGAGAAAUGGUGAAAACUUUGAGGAACAGUCCAAAAAUCCAAAAGGAGAGAGAGAGAGAGAUCUGGCCACCAAGAAGAACAACAACAGAACAGCAAACAUCACAGAAAGAACAGAAAAAGCUUCUCCACCAUUGCCACCUCCUCCCCUGCCCUCUCCAUAUCCUUCCAUCAUCAUCAUAUUUUUAAAUUUGUUUCACUUUUGCAGCCACCCCUGCUUUGCUUUUAUCAUCCAGCCACCACCCCUUUCUCUCUCUCAUGAAAGAGUCCACAAGCAAAUCCCCCCUCUUUCAGCUUUCUCUGUCUAGCUUCAAUGGCCCAGCUGGACCAAGACUUGAGCUUUGAGAGGAAAGGAAGAAAACCCACCAAAUGGAAAUUGAAAACAAAUUUGCCCUUCUUCUCUCUAGGCAAGAUGAUUGGGAAAGGUUAGAGAGAGAGAGAGAGAUUGUAGGAUGGUAUUUCAGCUGUUUGUCCUCCUCCAUCCAACCAUACCCACCAUCAUCUCCAACAACAAAAAAGAAGCCAAGCACUCAAUUCAAUUCAACUCUCUUCUCUUCUGUUCCCAUCUCCCAACAAACAAAAAACCACCACCCAAAAUAAAUGGAGAGGUGGGUAUAUCCCAGAAAUGCCCUUCUGCAAACCCCCAAAAGAUCCCCAUCUUCAUCACUACUACUAUUGCUUUGCUUCUCCCUCUUCUCAUACAAUCACACCACCUCUACUACUCCUCCUACUGCUGCUGUCUGUCACAAACAAAAAUUAAAGAAAGAAACUUUAAACCCCUCUUCCCACCACCACCACCAAGAAAUUUUAUUUCUUUUUCCCUUCACAAGCCGAAUUAUGUGGGCUUCUUUGGGUUUUCUUCUUUGUCCUGGUCAGAGUUUUUCACCAGAGAAAACAGGGAAAAGGAAAGCGAGAACCUUCUCACCUUCCCACCCCCAUUUCCCCUCCCUUCCUCCCUUAUCUCUUUCACUCUCCUUCCCCUUUUUCUUCUUUCUUGUCUCUCUCAUUCUCGCCUUCAUUUCUCUUCCUCUCUCCCUCUCUUACCCUCCCUUCUUUUCCGUUCUUCUUCCUUCUCCUUGCCCUUUAGAUCUUGUAUUGGUUUGAUCUGGGAAGCUACAUGAAGAAGAUGAAAGGUGUUGCUGCUGCUGUGGUUGUGGGAUCUUCUCCUUCGCCGUAUGCCGUGGCAGCUGCUGCUGGAGCUGGUUAUGAUGAUCCCAGGAUUAGGUUCAAGCACGAGAGCCUUAUGCAGGACUAUGAGGAAUUGCUCAAGGAAACAGAAGCGAAGAGGAGGAGGUUGGAGAUGAUGAAGCAGAGGAAAAUGACACUAAUGGCUGAAGUGAGGUUCUUGAGGCGUCGGUUCAAGUAUUUGACUGAAAACCAGACUCAGAACCUUAAGCGGGAGCAAAAGCUCUUGCCAUCACAGACCACAGUGAUCAACAAGAGCAAGAAAGUGAGGAACAACAAAGGAACUAACUCUAGUAACCAUGAAACUCCUGCUUCUUCUUCGAGGCAGCCUGCUCCGAAGUUCGAUUUGAACCGGAAAGGAAGGGUUUAUACUGAGAAGGAUUCCGUUGCAGCCCGGGUUUCAGCAGCACCGUCGAUUGACUUGAACCAGAAGCAACAGAAGUCCUCUCACAUGGGAAGAGAAGCUGCCAUGAGGAAUUCCGGGGUGAUUCCUGACCUUAAUGAGAAGGAAAGGAUGUUAGGAGGGAAGGAUGCUGCUGCUAGAAACAAUGCUCCAUUCUUCGACUUGAACCAAAUCUCGACUGAAGAGGAAGAAUUACAGACAAACGGAGAGAUGAUGACAACAAUGAGAAUAGAGGAACCAAGGAUAAUAAGUACAUUGCGUGGUGGAAUCAUCGAAGAACAACACAGCAACGACUUGAAGUUGUCAGCCUGUAGGAACAUAGGGAACGUGCCAAGCCGGGCUGGGAAGAGGAAGAUAUCAUGGCAGGAUCCCGUAGCUUUAAGAGUGUGAGGGUUUUCUUUUCUGCCUAAUGAAAAGAUUACAUAAUUCUUUACUACCUUCCUCUUAAGCUGGUUUUUUUCACCUUGUUAUAGCCAGAACAAAACCCCUAGAUGAGAGAAUCCACUUCAUUGUAAAGUAGAAAAAACAAUUCCAUGAUAUAGCAUAUAUGAUCAUAUCUCUUCACAGCUCAUUGAGCACCACAAGGACCCGAUUCUAGGAAGUGUCAACACUCUGCCAUUCUGUACAUCUGUUCUCCAACUCCGAUGCAGCUGACAGAAUCAACUGCAUUGGUUUUAAUCUUGUGAUUACACUCAUCGAUGCCUUGGUAAUGCCAUGGUUUGAUUGCCUUCAGCGUCAGCUUCCUCCAUUUCUGCAGUGACUUCUUGUUCUGUGGAAGGGAAGUUGUGAUGUUGCUUUCUGUCUGGUUGCUUACCUCCACGCAAACUGCCCGCUGGGUUGCUUGAACUUGAAGGAAAGUAACUACCCUUUUCUUAAGUGCACAAAAGAACAAAAGUUGGAGUUGGGAAAGAAGGGGAAGGAGAGCGGCUUAAGAGGGAGGUUUUCGUUGUGCUGUCCAUUAGAAAAGGGUAAGGAGACUGCUGCAUUGGUUUGAUUGGCUGUGGGGCAAUGUAAAGUUUUCUUCUUUUGGUGGGUGGAGACUAGAGAGAGAGAGAGACUUUUGGAGGACUGGUUGUUUUCCUUCCAACCCAAAACAGCAGGAAGGAAAGAUGGUGGUGAGAGUCACUGUUGUUUGCUUUUUGUGAUGGGAAAGAAGGGAGAGGAGGAAAUGGUGGAGCUUGCCUGCCCACUACUACCAAAGGAUUUCAUUUCUACCUCUUGUGUGCUACUUUGCCACAAAUGACAAUACAUAUUGGUUACCAUGGAUGACAAAUGUUGCCUUGAUCCAACUUCCAUAUAGGAAUACAAAAUAUCUACACACCAUUCUGCCUUGAGUUUUGGCCUCUCACAAAAUCUACACACCUUAGUCCUCACGAGAUAGUGUUGUUAAACAAACAAUCGUAUUAGAGUAGGUUGCAACCUUUUUUACACAAAACGACCAUCUCUUCUUAUCAGGUACUAUAAAAUGAAAACAAUACA